AUGGGUUUCUCUGCGGCGCAUGUGUGGGCGUGGAUCAAGCAUCACAAGGUGCCGGUCAUCAUCGUCGGCAGCUUGGCCUUCAUCGUCAUCACCGUCAUGCUCUUCUUCUGCUUCACGAUGUGCUGUCGUCAGCCGUCACGCUCCAAGGACAGACGGUAUCCCCCUCAGCGCAUGUUGCCGCCAACGAGCGACGAUCUCUUUGCGACGCUCGACCGGGAUCAUGAUCCACUCAGGCAGCGUUCAGAUUCUGUCAAGAAGCUUCGUGAUGACUUUGGUGGUGGUGGCGAGAGCAUCGCGCCAAGCUCGUCCUUCAAGAGCACUUCACGUUUUGACUUUGUUAAUGCCGCACAGCCGUCGCUACCGCCCAUGCCGCCACCGCCUGUCUUACCAACGGCUCGUCCACAGCCACCAAGGGGCGCUCCCGCCCAUGCUGACAGCUAUCGCGACGAUCUGCCACCGGAUGCUAUCAUGAGAGACGACUAUCGCCAUGGCCACAGCGCGAUCGAUUCGGAAGAUGCUUACAUCCUUGAUUAUCCUCAUCAGGGCAUGCCACACGCUGUGUCUCAGCAUCCGAUGGCCAGGCAGCCCUCGCUAGGCUCCCUCAGACGCGAUUAUGGUAGACAGGGGAUGCCAAUGCAGCCGCUCAUACCCAUGCAGCCGCCUAUACCCAUGCAGCCUUUGCCAAACCAUCUCGCGCCAGAGUCAUAUGUACUAGCGCCUGAGCGAGCAGCCUCUCCUCGCCCGGCUGAAAAUUACACCAACGAUUUUGAGUACGAUCGCUACUACGCACCCUCGCCCAUGCCACCUCCGCCAGAGCAGUACCUGCCGCCAGGAGCUGGCCCGCGAAUGCGUACGCCGAAGCCUUGGGAACCGCCGCGGCAUGAGCAAUACCAUCCAGCACCUCAGGAGCAGUAUCAUCUGGCACCGCAAGACCGAUUUCAGCAGCCUCAGCCCCAAACUAGGCACAAAAAUGCGCCCAUCGAUAGAUCGCGGGAGAGAAACCAUCAGUCGCCUGCACAGCUCUCGCCACCAUCGGCUGACAAGUAUGCAUACCACAGCAAUCGCUCGUCUGACAAUAAUGAAGAUCUGGGCUCGCUAGGUGGAGCCAAUCUACGCAUCGCCAAUCCAGAGAGCUAG